AGACGUCAGUACCAUCGCUCGUUUGUUUACAUCUGGAAAAAUUGAGUUUUCUUCAAUUUAAUCCUGGAAAACAGCAGGAAAAUUAUUUGUCAACUGUAGAUAUCGCAUCGGAGCAUGGCGAGAGAUUGGAGACCCUUUGUUUACGGGGGUCUCAGCUCUUGUGUCGCUGAAUUUGGCACCUUUCCCAUAGACACAACGAAGACACGCUUACAAAUUCAAGGUCAAAAGCAGAUUCCGAUCAAGUAUCGCGGCAUGUUCGAUUGUUUCCUCCAAAUAUCGCGGCAGGAAGGUGUCAAAGCGCUGUAUUCGGGCAUCGGACCAGCGGUGUUGCGGCAAUCGACGUACGGCACGAUCAAGUUUGGCACGUAUUACACGCUGAAACACAUCGCCAACUCGCACGGAUGGCUCGUCGACGAAUUUGGCAACGAAAGUGUCUUGGGGAAUAUGGGAUGUGCGAUAAUUGCGGGUGCCAUCAGUAGUGCGAUCGCGAAUCCGACAGACGUGCUUAAAGUUCGGAUGCAAGUGCAUGGCAGGGGAUCGCAAGAAAUGGGUUUGGUCAAGUGCUUUCACGAGAUUUAUGUGCACGAAGGAAUUCGGGGAUUGUGGCGAGGUGUGACACCGACUGCACAACGAGCAGCAAUUAUUGCCGCUGUCGAGUUACCGGUUUACGAUUUUUGCAAGAAUCAUUUUAUGGAUGUUUUUGGCGAUCGUGUCAGCAAUCACUUUAUUUCUAGUUUUAUUGCCAGUUUUGGCUCCGCAGUUGCUUCUAACCCCAUUGACGUCAUACGGACAAGAUUAAUGAAUCAAAAGCGCGUGAAUAAGCGACUGGAAAUUGUUGGCGUUAACGGAACAGUUGCUGCGCCACAAACUCGAAUUUAUAACGGCAGUAUAGAUUGUGCGGUUCAAACUGUGCGAAACGAAGGUUUUCGCGCGCUGUACAAAGGAUUUAUACCGACUUACCUUCGAAUGGGACCCUGGAAUAUCAUUUUCUUCAUAACGUAUGAACAACUGAAACAAUUGUACUAAAAAAAUCUACACUAAUUUCUACCAGCCGAACCAUUUUUUACACACAAAACAGUAACAGACCGACGUGAAAAAAAAGUAUUUCGACAAAAUUUUACGCAUUUCCUUCGUCCAUGCCUUUAAAAUUGCUUAAAUUGCAUUUCUCACCUUAAUUUAUUGAAAAAAUGACGAAGAUGCGUUUAAAACGUACUAAAAACGGCAAUUUAUAUACGUAUAAAAAGUUUUCUUAAAGAUAAGACUGGUUUUGUUUGAGUUCAUGGAACAAGUUUAAAAAUUUUACAAAAAUUUGUUGGCAUUUUCUCGUUUUUUCUUCUUUCAAUAAUUGUUAUUAAAACAUUUAAUUAAUUUAUAAGAAUAAGAUCUAACAAAUUGUUUAAGUAGGAAUGAAUUUAAAUAGAAAAACUAUGUAUUUAUUAGAUAGUUAGGAAGAAUUGACCUCGGAUUGA